UUGAGGCCAACAGUUCGAAUACGCGAUACGCGCGCAUGCGAUUUACCGCCCGUCACGCCCACCACCCCCCGCCUCCUAAGCGAGUGCGAGCGAGAGGCAGAUAGAGAAAACUACGCUCGCUGCUUGCCAAACUCAAGUCGUGGGUGCUGAAACGAAACCGAAAACCGAAUAAGAAACGCACUAAAUUCACGAAAUCCGUGAAAAUACGAGUAUUUAACCAAAACCCGGGCGUCCGUGUGUUGGUGGUGUUGUGCGUGUGUUAAAGAAUACUAAAAAGUCGACAAGUGCAGAAUGAAAAUCAUAAACAAAACAACAAGACGGGCAACAAGUUUUUUUGCGUAGAAUCCAGCGACGGGCGAAAUUCCAAGUAAAUAAGCCAACCUGCCGUGUGUGUUUUUUGCCGUACGAAUAUUGUUGCAACUCGUUUCGGUUGUUGUUUUCACAAUUUGUAUUGCUGUUGUUGUCAAAGCCACACAAAGCGGGUCAAAUGCAUAAAUAAAUGAAUGAAGCGAAAUGAAACGAGCGCAGAUGAAAUGCGAAAUGUUGUUAUUAUCAAUUGGCCUGAAGCGAAAUUAAUUACAGCGUGCAUUGUCAUUGUUGCGAAUAAAAUAUCUGUAUCUCAAUCAGUGAAGUUUAUGUAAAAUCGCGAGCAUCAUCUGCUUUUUAACUCGGGCAGUAUUGCCAUCCCGCUCUCACCCGAAAAGCUCUCGAAAGAAAUCGGUCUAUAUGCUAGAUGCGUUUGCACCUGAGCACCUGCGGAUCACCUCCACCAAUGGCUGCUAAACAAAAGGCAGGCGUACGAUUUCCCAAAGCAGCAGCACAGAUAAGUCGACAGCACGACUUGAAUUAUUGCACGCAACAGCAACAGCAGCAACAUCCACAGCAGCAACAUCCACAGCGGCAACUUCAGCGGGCCGAGAAAGGGGAGGAGUUGCAGCCAAAGUAACCGACCAGAAGACGCAGCUUCAUUCUACAAGACAAUUGUGGAAAAGUGGAAAACCCGCGCGUGUAUGUGUAUGUGUAUGUGUGCUUGUGUCUGUGCGAAAACGAACAAUAGAAAACCAGAUAGAAAAUCAGCAGAGAAAACAAUCAGCCAAAGCAACAGAGCCAGAGCAGCAACUAUAAUUUGAGUACUUUUGUUUAUUUUUCAUUCGGUGUAUGCUUCGGUUACGAUGUCGUUGAUGAAAAUCCAUCGAGGCAAUGAAUCAUUUUGCAGUUGCUGGUUGCUGUUGUUGGUGGCAUUGUUGUUGGCCGAGGCAGGAGCAGCGGCAACAUUGAGUGAAACGCAGACGAAUGCAACUAAUGGUGCAAUUAGAGAGCCGCCUGUGCAACAGCAGCAGCAACUCCAAUUGAAUGCGACCGCCGGCGACGGCGAAAGCCGAAAUUCAGCGGAAAUUUUCAGCCCCGGCGAUGUGGAUGCGGUUGGUGAUAAGCCCACCACCUACAGGCCCUCGGGCGCCAACCGACCCUCGAUUGCACCACUCAAUUCAGCGCAGGAUCGCGAGAGGAGGCUGAUGAAUGUGCUGGCAGCUCGUCGCACCGCUUUGCAUCGCGGUGGCUUCCGCACCAGGAUCGGCACCACCGGGCGGAGCGCCAUUUCCCCAUCGGCGGCGGUGGAGACCACUUCGAAGGCGCCAAGUGAUCCGAGAUCCGUGUGCAUCCGCAAUUGCACCAAGAACUUCACGCGCCGCACCACCGCCAGUUGCAUGCGGCAAUGUGCGAACUUCACCCGUAUGGCAAUGCCCUCGAAUGGCAACAGUUCGGUGGUGCUGAAGGGGCCUGGGUCUUCGAAGUCAUCUGCUUCGGCAGGAGAUCGCGACACCAACGAGAUCCUCUUCAGUGAUGAGUCCUCUCACGGACUUUUCGUGGUGGCCAAGGACCAGAAUGCCACCGUGAACCACAUUGCAGAUGGCACUAAGCCCACAGUGAUGGGCAAGGGAGUGCCCAGCAAGACCAACUCGAUGGAGGAGGACGCUGAGGAGGAGGAGGAUGAGCUGAAGCCAUAUGUCUACUUUGGAGCCAAGUUGCCUCCCAUUCGUCCUGGGGGUUUGACCAUAAAAGCAGCCGACGGGGAUGACGAGCAUCCGCGAGUUCUGGAGGUUUCGGUGGCCCAAAGCACCACCGCCACGAUGACUACCACCACCACCACCACCAGCACCACUCCGCAGCCAGUUAGCACCACCAGACCAACUGCCUCCACGCGAAGACCUCUGACCCCGGUGGAGCGAAGUCGCAGUAAAUACAAGUACCACAUGAGGGAAAGGGGACUGGCAGCAGCAGCUGCACCACCCGCAGCAGCACCACCGGCCCCACCGGUGAGUCGAACGCGGUAUGUGGGUUCGGGAAGACCCACAGCUGGGCUGGCGGAUCCACUCCAGGAAGUAAAGCAAAGCGAAUCGGAAGUGGCCAAGCCGGUGGUGCGCAGGGUGGUGCAAAAAGUGGCACCCUCAUCCUCGACACCUCUGAUCAUCACAGUGCUAAGUGCCGAGGAGGAAACCACAGUGGGGCAGGCGGAAGUUCAGCCAGCAGAGGAAACCACCACGACGACAACAACCACAACAACGGAGAAGCCAACCACAACAAGUUCUACUACUUCCACAACCACAACGACAGCAGCUCCCAGCACCACAAGAAGAACAACCACUACUGCUGCACCGACAACAACAAGCACCAGCACCACAACUACAACUACUUCGACUAGUAGCACUACUCCCAGCACCACAACAACCAGUAGUAGCUCCACCACCACUGCCAUUCCCACAACAACGAAAAUGAAUUCGAUUAUUGAAAAGGAUAAGGAACUCAUUAGAGCCUUGGGACCCGCGUUAACCCAGGAGAUAAACAUCGAGGAUGCGAACAACCUGAUCAUCUUCUGCAACAACACCUCCGACUGUGGCGUCACCCCACGCACGCAAACCCACCAAGCGCACACCACCGACUCCAGUCCGAAGAUACUCCGCACCACUGUCCUGACCUCCAUUCGAUCCACUGUGCAUCCGAGACCCACCAGUACGAGUACGAGCACCACAACCACCGCACCACCAGUCACUCCACCCGGUGAGGUUUACAUCGGCAUUGUGGAGUCAUCAUCCUCGGUGGCUCCUGCGGACAUAAGCUCCACGGUGAUCGCCAACGAAAGGGAUGUGAAUCUGGAGAUGCGCCGCAUGAAUCUGGUCACCCUGGUUUUGGUGGCUGUGGGAGUGAUUCCUUUAGCCGCCAUUAUCCUUUACUUGGUGCGCAACUAUGUAGUGCGAAGGCGAGCCAAACAGGGUGAGGUGUUCGAUGUCUGCAUCACCGAUCAGCAGCCCAUCAGUCCGGUGAAGAAGGUGGACUCCAAGUAUCAGCUGGACGACGACGAAGACGAGGUGGAUCACCCGCACCACCAGCACAGCCAACACCAUCAGCACCACCAGGCCAUGCCGAUGUCGCAGGCGGCUCAGCGGGAUGCCAACCACAAUCGAUAUGGUAACAACGAUGAUAAAACCUCGCUGGCCAGCGAGUUCCAGGAGUUCGAGAGGAGCAACAUCCGGCUGAAGAGUCUCCUGGGCGAGGGAAACUUCGGUCAGGUGUGGAAGGCGGAGGCGGAUGAUCUGAGUGGCCACUUUGGAGCCACCAGAAUUGUGGCCGUCAAGACAAUCAGGGCUUGCAGUGCGCAGGUGAGUCUUAAGGAUGAGGCCAAUAUCAUGAGGAAGCUGGGAUCCCAUCAGAAUGUGGUUACCCUACUGGGUGCUUGUGUGGAAAGUGAACCCCACAUGCUUAUAAUGGAGUAUGCCAUGAGGGGACGUCUCUUGUCCCUUUUGAGGGCAGCUAGAAGUGCCACAAAUAUAUUGCCUGCCUCAGUGCCAGGAGGUCGAAGCCUAGCUCCCUUGUCACCCCGAACCCUAGCAGGAUUUGCUUUGGAUAUAGCCUGCGGAAUGGAGUAUAUAGCAGGCAGAAGGGUUGUCCAUCGAGAUCUGGCUGCUCGCAAUGUGCUCCUCGAUCACAAUGGCAUGUGCAAGAUCUGUGACUUUGGCAUGUCCAUCGACUUGGACGCGGAGCGUUUGCGCAAGGAGCAGGAGAAGAAUGCGGCCAACGAUCUGUUGCGCCACAAUGCGCACAAGUUCAAGUUCGACUUCGGCAGUAGGUACAUCCUGCAGCACUGGCAGCACACCUUCGGCCAAGGUCAGGGCCAAGGUCACUGCUCCAAGGAUCACCCGCACGGGGAGAAGAAGUCCCAUCAUGGCCACGAUACCAUUGGCAAGCGGCAUGCUCUGCCCAUUAGGUGGAUGGCUCCGGAGAGCCUGCAGUACCACAUGUUCACCACCGAAACGGACAUUUGGGCCUUUGGCAUCGUCCUGUGGGAGAUCGCCACUCUAGGCUCUACGCCGUAUUCCCAGCUGACGGGACGCGAGGUCAUCCGCCGGGUGCCGCAGGGUCUGAGACCCGAUCUUCCCAAGGAGAGCCGGCACGAGUUCUACAACCUGAUGUCCCGCUGCUGGCACAAGGAGCCCCACAUGCGACCCUCGUUCGCCCAGUCGAGGCUGGAGAUCACGAGGUCCCUGCACAAGUGGGUGGACGACGACUCGGCGGCCUCGGACUACAUGGAUGUGAGCGGGUUCAGCGAGGAUCUCGAGCACGGAGUGGUCUACUUCAACCACCGGAUCUCGGAGUUCGAGUGCGAGAUAUGACGCUGACUGAACCACCCCCUCCCGGUCCUCCGUCCACCCACUAAUUGUGCAUCUCAACCACUCCAUCCGAACCCCAUCCACCGCCACCCUCAUCUUUUCUCCGCCCAUCUGUAGUUCUUUCGAAAUUCUCCCCUUGUGACGUGCUUGUCGAGCAGUAUUAUUUGUAUUUUAUUGUUAAUUUUCCACUUGGAACCCCAGAGAGUUUCUUUCGUUGUAAAUAUUUAUUUGUUGACGCAACAAAAUACGAAAAUGCCUUUGAUCUACGACCUAGGCCUUACGAUUAAUGAAUGGCGCUACCUAUGCCUAGUUUAAUAUUCGUCACUUAGUUCUUCUAGUCUGUAUCUGAAAUCCCAUUUCGAGUUGAGCUAUUUCCUCUGGACGUAGCCCAGAUUUGACUGCACAAAUUGAAACUUUGUAACCCCCUUUAGUUGUGAAAACGAUUCGUUGAUAUAGGCGUGCAGCGCAUAGGAUCUAUGUAAUUUUAUUGAUAUCUAGCUAUAGAAUUGUACAAAUAAAUUAAUUAAACACGAAAUAUAAUUAUGAUUAUUACACCA